AUGCUGAUGAAGGUGGUCGUCGAGCAAGCCGCGGAGCGCGAGCGCCUGGGCAACCUGCAGAAGGAGGUGACCGAGGCCCAAGCAUCCCACGACAAGCACGUCUUUGAGCUAACAGCCCGGCUAGGUGCCAGGGAGAAGAAGAUCCUUGUCGACAUCGAAACGAAGGUGGCGGCGGACCGCGGCGCCUUCUCUUGUCUUGAGUUCAGAGCUCGCCAAGCGACGCAGUCUAUUUGCAAGGGAGGAUUUGAGGAUCCGCUCUCGACCCCCGAGGACAGCAACAUGGAGCUCUCCUCCAAGUUCAUCACGGAGCAUGAAGGCGUCGCCGCCAAGGUGGACUUCAUCCCGGAGGACGAGUGUUGUGACCUCUUCUCUGUGGCAGCGAUGAGCGUCUUCAGCCACAUUUACCUCGGCGACCCCAGCUUCGACUUCUACGCGGUGAUAGGCCCCAUCCCUCGCGAGUCCCGCGCCGUCAUGGCGGAGGCCCUGGAAGGCCACGUGGCCGCAUUGCUGGGGAAGUUCACCCGCGACAUCCAUAUCAGUCCUGCUAGGGCUGAGGCAGGUGGAAUCAAUGGCGGCAAUGGCCCUUCUUCCUAG